CAAGUGACUGGCUCGAAAAACGAGCGUAGGCAAGCCCACGCACCGCUGGGGCACGCCUGCGCAUACGUUCUAAACGUGCGCGAGCGCUGCGGCCAUUUGCCUGCGCUCACGGGAGAUCGCAGCACGCGUAACAAGGAGGCACCUAUAUAUUGCACAGCUUGCACAGCGCGCGUCAAGGAGGCAUCUGUAUUGCACAGACGACGGGAGGCAUCCAUAGCACAGCACACAUGGCUCAGGCUUACAUGAACGACCCGCUCGGGCUCGGCGUGAUCGCCGGGGCGCGCCCGGAGCCGGGCUGGUUCGUGCGGCGCGAGCCGCAGCCGUGGCACGCGGCGCUCCCGAAGUGGAUAUGGGCGACCAAUCUCGAGCUGCCCUGGUUCGGGAUCCACGACUGCUUCGCGCCCGAGGGCCGGCACUCGUCGGUCGCCUUCUGGGGCGACGGUCAAUUCGGGGGAGCGACGCGCCUCUGGUUCCUCGCGCGCGAGUUCGAGAGCUGCGACGCGAUCCGCUGGCUGCUGGCCCAAGGCGCGGACGUCGAGAUCGGCAACCCGUUGAGGGGCUCGACGCCGCUACACGGCGCCGCCAUCAACGGCAGCAUUCCCGUCGCGGCGGUGCUGCUCGACGAGGGCGCGCGCGUCGACGCAGGCGACGUCAUGCAGCGCACCGCGCUCCAUUUCGCCGCGGCGUAUGGGCACAAAGCCAUGGUGCGCUUCCUGCUGGACCGCGGCCACCCGCUCGACACGCGGGAUCACGCCGGCGCCAACGCGGAGGACGUCGCGCGGGUGAGCGCCGCGGCGGUGCGCAACGCCGAGGAAGCCGCCAACUUCCUCGCCGAGGUCCGCGCCGCGGGCGGCUGGCGGAAGUAUACGCUGGCGCCCCGCGUCCGCCUCCUCGCGCUCCACAAGGCCCUCCCCGCCCUGCAAAAGGCGCGACACGCGACGGUCGCGUCGGUUCCGGUGCACGAGGCCCUCUUCGCUUCCGACGCGCUCCCCAAGGAACUCGUCUGGAAGGUCAUCUCGUACUGGCGCAGCGACCGCGACCUUCCGGUGCCGGGCCCCGCCGCCCCCCUCGACACGUUCUGGGCCAACCAGCCCGACGCACUUCGGCUGACUGUGCCGUUCCCCGUUGGCGGCGCGGCAUUCUAGUCUGUUGUGGACUGUAGUAAGUAUACACAUCUUU